AUGGCGCUCGUUUUGCAUUCGGGCAGUGGCAACAAGAAUGCCUUCAAGGCACUUAUUGCUGCAGAGUACUGUGGGGUCAAGGUUGAGCUGACCAAGAAUUUUGAGAUGGGUGUCUCAAACAAAACCCCUGAAUUCAUCAAGAUGAACCCCCUUGGCAAGGUUCCUGUUCUUGAGACUCCUGAUGGUGCUGUUUUUGAGAGCAAUGCUAUUGCACGCUAUGUUGCCCGCUCAAAGGGUGACAGCCUGCUUUGGGGUGGUUCUCUUAUUGAAUAUGCGCGUGUUGAGCAAUGGAUGGACUUUGGUGCCACAGAGGUUGAUCCCAAUAUCGCAAGGUGGCUGUACCCAAGGCUUGGUUAUAUGCCUUACAAUGCCCAGUCUGAGGAAUUCGGCAUUGCUGGAUUAAAGAGGGCGCUUGAAGCAUUGAACACACACCUGGCAUCAAACACAUUCCUUGUUGGGCAUUCUGUCACUCUGGCUGAUAUUGUCAUUACAUGCAACCUCUACCAUGGUUUUGCUCGGAUCUUGACCAAGACUUUCACAUCUGAGUUCCCUCAUGUUGAGAGGUACUUCUGGACCAUGGUUAACCAGCCUAACUUCAAGAAGGUCAUUGGUGAUUUCAAGCAGGCAGAGGUUGUACCUCCUGUUCAGAAGAAGGCUGCUCCUGCUAAACCAAAGGAGGCCAAGAAAGAGGCUCCCAAGGCGGCCCCAAAGCCAGCAGAGGUUGAGGCACCAGAGGAAGAGGCACCAAAGCCAAAGCCCAAAAAUCCCCUUGAUCUACUGCCACCAAGCAAGAUGGUACUUGAUGACUGGAAGAGGCUAUACUCAAACACUAAGAGCAACUUCCAUGAUGUUGCUAUUAAAGGUUUCUGGGAGAUGUAUGACCCAGAGGGCUACUCUCUGUGGUUCUGUGACUACAAGUACCAGGAAGAGAACACCGUGUCGUAUGUGACCCUGAACAAGGUCGGCGGGUUCCUGCAGCGGAUGGAUCUGUGCCGCAAGUAUGCUUUCGGCAAGAUGCUCGUGAUUGGUUCUGAGGCGCCCUUCAAGGUCAAGGGGCUGUGGCUCUUCCGUGGGCAGGACAUCCCUGAGUUUGUCAUGAACGAGGUCUACGACAUGGAGCUCUACGAGUGGACCAAGGUUGACCUCUCUGACGAGGCCCAGAAGAAGCGUGUCGAAGCCAUGAUCGAGGACCUUGAGCCGUUUGAGGGGCAGGCCUUGCUGGACGCCAAGUGCUUCAAGUAA